AUCAGCAAUGAUAAUGCCAAAGUUUAGUGUCAAUACUAACAAUAGGACUUGAAUAGGUCGCAGAUAUAAGUUGUCAGCAAAUAAAUUAGCAGAUGCUGAGAUUAAAUAAACAGUCACAAAUCAAAGCAGAGUAUAAAAGUACUAAGAGUAAUUCUUUUAAGAAGACUAAAAGUUCCACUCGGCCUGGAGUCUUGAAAGAGAAGUAUUUAAGACAAAUAACUCAUAAUCUCAAAAGCAAUAUUAGAAGAAAUGACACAUUUUAUAAUAAGAGUGGCAAAGGAGCAGUUGGUUCACUACCUCUUGAUGUCAUCACUGAGCAUAAGACUCACCAGAAAAGGCUUUCAGAGAUAAAUUCCAGGAUAUCGAACUACAAGACCAAGAAUUCUUCCUUUCAGAGGCGAAAAUAGCAAAGCAUCAAAUAUUAAUUUUAAAAUGACUCAUUCAGGGAUUUAUGUGAAUGAGAAAUUGUAUUUUGACCAAGCUUUCAAAGAGAAUAAACUUCUGUUUGAUAAGAUAAAGAAGAUUGAGAAAAGAGAAAAGCCUAAGCAGGUUGACACCUCUAAUUUCCCAAUCAACACUUCUAAGAGCAAGAACACUUCAUAUUCUACUUCAAGGAUUGCUUCUAGCAAAUUAAGUACGAAUAAGAAAUACAGCUCCUGGCUGACAAAUAGUAGUUUAGCUCUUACUAAUAAUUCAAGAUUAAGAUCUGGCAUUAGUGGGAGGAAUCUACAUGGGGAGGGAGUUCAAAGUCAUAAAGCUAUUCACUCCAACAAUAGUAAUUCUCAAGAAAGACAGGAGUUCACAAAGCGUCAUACAUUUCGGUAUCUCCAAGGGAAGAAGAGGAGGAUAAAUUCUUCCCAUAGAACGAAGAGGUUGACCACUAGUGAAACAAAAACAAGGAGAGAAUCUGCCAACAGGUUCUCUAAAAACUCGAAUUAUAAUUCUUCUUACAAGAUUAAAACUCUGAGUCAUGAAGAAGACAGUCCUAAAUUUUCGCAGCAAGAUGUGCAUUCUGGGAAAUUCGGCAACUUAUAUCUACAAAGAGGAGGGGAUUACCACAUUGGAGUUCAGCCCUCCAGAAAGCUGAGAGAGAAUAUGAAUUCAUCUCUUAGCAAAUUGUUUGUAUAGGAU